GGCAGACCGGAAGUGAGCUCCCGCGGACUUCCUGCUGCUGCUUCCCCGGGAUGGCCCUGGAGGGGCUGUCAGUGUAUGUGUAUAAGGCGGCGGCUGAGGGGCGCGUGCUGACGCUGGCGGCUCUGCUGCUCAACCGAACGGAAUCGGAGGUCCGGAGCCUGCUCAGCUCGGUCACCCAGCAUGGCGGACAGCGCUCGACUCCUCUUAUUAUCGCUGCUCGCAACGGGCACAGCAAGGUGGUGCGCCUCCUGCUCGAGCACUACGGGGUGGACACCCAGCAGACUGGCACCGUGCGCUUUGACGGAUAUGUGAUCGAUGGAGCGACCGCCCUGUGGUGUGCAGCUGGUGCCGGACAUUAUGAAGUGGUGAAGCUGCUCGUCGGCCACGGAGCCAAUGUGAAUCAUACAACUGUAACCAAUUCCACUCCACUAAGGGCGGCCUGCUUUGAUGGGAGACUUGACAUUGUCCGCUUCCUUGUGGAGAAUAAUGCGAACAUUGGUAUUGCCAACAAGUACGACAACACGUGCCUAAUGAUUGCUGCUUAUAAGGGCCAUACGGAUGUCGUUCGUUACCUCCUGGGGCAGCGUGCUGAUCCAAAUGCCAGGGCUCAUUGUGGAGCUACAGCUUUGCACUUUGCCGCUGAAGCUGGACACUUAGAUAUUGUGCGCGAACUGGUUACGUGGAAAGCUGCGAUGGUUGUCAAUGGUCACGGGAUGACCCCAUUAAAAGUAGCAGCUGAGAGUUGCAAGGCGGAGGUGGUGGAACUGCUUCUUGCGCACUCGGAUGUUGAUCUCCAAAGUAGGGUAGAAGCGCUAGAGUUGUUAGGCGCAUCCUUUGCCAAUGAUCGUGAAAAUUACAAUAUUACCAAGACUUAUCAGUACUUGUACCUGGCCAUGCUGGAACGCUUCAGAGAUCCCGACAACAUCCUUCACAAGGAGGUCCUUCCCCCAAUUUCAGCCUAUGGCAUGAGAACUGAAUGUCGCACUCCGCGCGAGCUGGAUGCUAUUCGCCAUGAUACAGACGCAUUACACAUGGAGGGCUUGAUUGUGCGGGAAAGGAUUCUUGGGUCUGAUAAUAUUGAUGUGUCACAUCCGAUAAUCUACCGAGGUGCCGUGUACGCAGACAACAUGGAGUUUGAGCAGUGCAUUAAGCUUUGGUUACAUGCGCUGCAGCUACGGCAAAAGGGAAACCGAAACACGCACAAAGACCUGUUGAGGUUUGCUCAGGUAUUCUCACAAAUGAUCCAUCUGAAUGAGCCGGUGAAGGCACACGACGUGGAGAAUGUCUUGCGAUGCAGUGUCUUGGAGAUCGAACGUGGUAUGACUCGGGUUCAGAAUCCACAAGAGCCUGAUGCUCAUUCUGCACUGGAAAACCAUGAAUGCAAUCUGUACACUUUUCUCUACCUCGUCUGCAUCUCCACCAAGACCCAGUGCUCAGAAGAGGAGCAGUCGCGCGUCAACAAACAGAUCUAUCGGUUGGUGCACCUAGACCCUCGCACCCGGGAAGGUUGCAGCCUCUUACAUUUAGCAGUUGACUCUAGCACUCCGGUAGAUGAUUUCCACACUAAUGACGUUUGCAGCUUCCCCAGUGCCUCUGUAGCCAAAUUGCUUAUAGACUGUGGUGCGAAUGUCAACGCUACGGACAAUGUAGGCAACACCCCGCUUCAUCUGAUUGUCCAAUACAACCGUCCCAUAAGUGACUUUCUUACGUUGCACUCCAUCAUUAUCAGCUUGGUGGAGGCCGGUGCUCAUACAGAUAUGACAAACAAAGAAAAGAAGACCCCGCUGGACCGGAGCACUACUGGGGUGUCUGAGAUCCUUCUAAAAACACAGAUGAAGCUGAGCUUGAAGUGCCUGGCUGCCCGGGCCGUGCGUCUACACAACAUUAAAUACCAGAACCAGAUCCCACGAACACUUGAGGAGUUUGUAGAGUUUCACUAAAUGCCUGGGUAGCCUAAGCCCAUUUAAUAUGCAUGUCACUGUGUCCAGGAUGGGGUCCACACCAUUCCCGAAGAUCCAUUUGCCUAAUCUGACAGAGCAAGGGGCUGAUCCAGUGCCAAGUCCCCUCAUGUGUGUUGGUCUUCCGACAUUGUACAGAAAUUUAACUUGGGGGGGGGGGGGGGGGGGGAAAUGAAACAUUUGGAACGGGCAUGUCAUAUUUCAGGGGACUUCUGUCCUCGCUAGAUAGAGGACCCGAGAUAAGGUGCUGAAUUAAGUGUGUUGAGAUCCUGUCUGGACAGGACAUCUCAUGGGGGACCAGAGCCCCCACUUUCUUUUUAAUUCCAUACAAUGAGGCUUUGCACAAUUUUACGUUGAAUAGAGUAGUGAAUAAUUUCAUGAACCGAGCAGCAGCUUUUUAAUUUUGCUUUAAAAGAUGUUAAUGCCUUAUGGGGGAGUACAUUGUGACUCUUCGUGUCUCCUGGGUCUUCACAUCUUGUGUGACAGAUUAUGUGAGGCUUUUGAGAAAUGUAACAUCAUUGAAUGUGUGCCAUUUUCCAGUACUGGACGUAUUCCAGGUAGCCAUAUGUUGAAUCGAUUUUUUUGCUGGCUUUUUAUAUGGUCAGUGUCUGGAUUCUCACCUUUUCUGUCUGAAAUAAAAUCUCAGGCUGGUUCCUAAAAACUUG